AAUGCAAUACAUUUUCAGCCGAAGCUAAACACGCCUACACGGGCGCCCGGACAGGAUGAAUCGAACCCCCUUAAUGUUCCGUCAAAGCGGACACAAAUCUGGGUUUUCCGAGAUUACCCACGACCCAACCCAAACAACAACCCAAACAGGAAGUGUAAACACUUCUCACGUAACAGCAGCGCAUGUGAUAGCCCUUCUCUUCGACUCCUCAGCAUUCACCACUUGGGACUCAGUUGGUUGGUGUGUGCACCAGAAUAGUCGAGACCAUGGACUCGAUCAGUUGUUCGAUCUGCCUGGAUCUACUGAAGGAUCCAGUGACUAUUCCCUGUGGACACAGCUACUGUAAAGGCUGUAUCAAGGAAUAUUGGUCUCUUGAUGACCAAAAGGGAAUUCACAGCUGCCCCCAGUGCCGACAGACCUUCACCCCAAGACCUGCUCUGAAUCGAAACAUUCUGCUGGCUGAGUUGGUAGAGAAAUUGAAGACCGAUUUCAAAACGGUUCCCUCUGCUUCUUGUUUCCCUGGACCUGAAGAUGUGAAGUAUGGUCGUGAUGACUCAGCCGCAGCAGCAGAGAGGACGGAGAAACAGGGGCAGUUGAGGGAGAAACGGCAGCAGGUCGGGCUGAGAAUCUGUGUGAGAGAGAAGGAGAUGCAGGACAUAAGACAGGCGGUGAUGUCCCUUUCACUUUCUGCACAGGCAGCAGUGGAGUACUGUGAGCUGGUCUUUGCUGAGCUGAUCCGCUCCAUUGAGAGAAGGCGCUGUGAGGUGAAGGAGCUGAUCAGCGCCCACCAGAGGGCGUCAGUAAGCCAGGCUGAAGGACUCCUGGAGCAACUGGAGCAGGAGAUAGCUGAGCUGAAGAGGAGAGAUAAGGAUCUGGAGCAGCUCACACAAACAGAGGAGAACAUUCAUUUCAUCAAGACUUUCCAGUCUCUUUGUGUGGCUCCUGCAUCUGAGCUCUUACCCUAUAUCACUGCCAACCAGCACUUCUCCUUUGAGGAAGUGAAGAGCUCCAUCUCUGGAAUGAUGGAGCGACUGGAGGAUGUGUUGAAGGAGGAAAUGGUCCAGAUACCUGGAAAAGUAACGGCUGCCUCCGAAGUCUGUGUCCUCAGCCCUAGACCAGAAUUAAUGGCUGCCGCUGAAGUACAUUUCCAUCAUGAGCCCAAGACCAGAGUGGAGUUCUUGGAGAACUACUGCCAUCUCACGUUGGAUCCCAACUCAGCGUAUCAACACCUGCGUCUGUCUGAGUGCAAUAGAGAAGUGUCAUGGAGUGACAAGGCUCUGUCUUAUUCUGACCACCCAGACAGAUUCACAGACCAUUACCAGGUGUUGUGUAAAGAGGAUCUGUCUGGAACCCGCUACUGUGAGGUGGAUAGGAGGGGGGAGUGUGAGGUAGCCAUCACAUACAGAAGCAUCAGCAGGAAGGGCGGAUUGGAAUGUUGCUUUGGUUCCAAUGAUCAGUCCUGGAGUUUGGUGUGUCGCAACUCGAGUUGUUCCUAUUGGCACAAUAAGAAUAGGACUGAUAUCCCUGUCCCCUGCUCCACCAGAGUAGGAGUGUAUCUGGACAGCAGGGCAGGGACUCUGGCCUUCUACAGCGUCUCGGAUACAAUGACCCUCCUCCACAGAGUUCAGACCACAUUCACUGAGGACCUCUGUGCUGGGUUUUGGGUUGGUCCUGGUUGUGGAUCAUCUGUGGCUCUGUGUUGACUGAACUUCAUAGAAUCAAGUGUAUUUCAAAUCAAAUUGUAUUUGUCAAAUGCCCCGAAUACAACAGGUGUAGGUUUUACUGUGCUUACUUACGAGCCCUUUUCCCAACAAUACAGAGUUAAAAAGUAGGGGGGUAAAUGAAUGAAACAGUAACACAAAAUGACGAGGCUAUAUACAAGGAGUACCUGUACCGACUCAAUGUGCAGGGGUAUGAGGUAAUAUGUAUAUGUAGGUAGGAGUAAAAGUGACUAGGCAAUCAGGAUAGAUAAACAGAGUAGCACCAGUGUAUGCGAAGAGUGUGAAACUCUGCCUGUGUGUGUGUGAGUGUGUGGGUAGAGUCCAGUGAGUGUAUAGAGCCAGUGGUCAAUGAAAAUAUGAAGGAAAUAUAAGACGGAUCACUUGGGAAAACUGGAGAAAGUUGAUUUGCUUAAAAUCGUGACAUGGAUGAAGGGAGUUGACACUUCAUUUAGGAGUCCUGCUGCGAAGCCGCUCUUUAUCUACAAUGUUUGAGUCAAGCUUUACUAUUGGGGAGGGCUGGGACCUAUGUUUUAAAGAUUACAUUAAUAAAUUAAAUACAUUUUUGUUUAUAGUAUAAUUUCUAACUUGAUAAAAUAAAGAACAAAACUACAGUUCCUGAGAGGGGGGGUUAGAGUUAGUAUUGGGGAGUUGUUGUUUUGUUAUGUGAGAAAAACCAGGAAUUUGGAUGAUUGACAGUGAUUGACAGUCCUAGAUCCAGUGUUUCCCCUCGACCCUGUUCCAUCCUCUGUGUUUUUGUCUUGGUUUGGUUCAAUCAAUUCAUCAAAUGUAUUUAUAAAGCCAUUUGUACAUCAGCAGAUGUCACAAAGUGCUGUACAGAAUCCCAGCCUAAAACCCCUAACAACAAGCCAUGCUGGUGUAGAAGCACCUUCUUGACCUUGUCCAUUGACUGUCUUUUUAAAUUACAUGGAAUGCUUUUUGAUAAAGGACAGGUUAUAGUUAGACUUUUUACUGAGAAUAAUACAUUUGAACUUCUUACACCUCUUUGACCUGGAGGAAAAUAAAAUACAUCCCAACUUGCAACCUGCCUAUUAAAAAAAAAUAAAGAAAUACUAUUUUAUUUUAUCCAAUUGAAUAAUAUUGACAUUUGUGACUAUUUAACCAUGUACAUUAUAU